GUGCAGCAAGUUCAUAAUGUCAUCAGGAGCGAAGCAAGUCGGAAGCUUCAGGACAUUGCCAAAUCCGUGGGAGACGCGUGGUCUACACGUGACUUUGCCUCGGCCUUUUCGGCCCUUAGGCUCUUGGGAGCCUCGGGAAAAAGACAUCGGCAGCACAAGGUGUUGCCGGCCAUCCUGGGGCCUGACGAUGAACUGCUGCCUACCGUCGUACAGGCGCACGACCACUGGCUGCAGCAUUUCGCUGCCCAGGAACUGGCAGCAGUGAUGCCCCCUGACCUCUUCGAAGCCAUCUGCGAUGACAAGGUGGGUGACUUGAAAGGUGCGUCGAGGGACAUUGCUAACAUCCCCACGUUUGCCGAGUUUGAGAAAGCCCUGCGGUCCACGGGCAAUGGGGCUGCAGGUCGGUUUCCGUCUUUCAGGGCGCCGGGUCCACUGCCACUGACGGCCGUUGCCGUUCAGGCAAAUUAUCCUCGGGCAGCGGCUCAAAAGUUCAUUGCCGACCAAGUCGGGCAGAUCACUGGGUGGUCCAGGAGUUGGCAUGCUCCGUGGGGCGUGACAGAGCUCACGCCGCGACAGCAGCUGCAGGUUGCCGUGUCCAAUGAUCUACUGCAGGCCAUGGUGGAGCUCAUGUGCAUGAUGGCAUCGGUCCAGACGGACCUGCACCGUUGGUUAUCGCUGGCGAUCUCUUCUUUGUGA